GGGAGGGGUGGGGGAGAGAGAGAGAAAUACCUAAACUGUGAUCUGCCCAGGCACAAGCCCCACUCCUUGCAAGAAGCCGAAACGGUCGCCUGCUCCUGGGCUUGUGACUCCACCAGCAGCAUGUAGCAGAGAUCCCGUGGGCUCGUGUCAGCUGCAACAGCUACUGGGACGCAGGAGUUUGGUUUUGGUUUUUUCCCCACUCCUGUCUCGCAAGUCUGAGAGAGUUUAAAGGCUUCUUCCACCAGAUCCCUGCAGCACCUGCACCUCCCUGGAUAAACAGACCUCAGCGGAGGCUUUUGGUUACAGACACUUUAAUCAGAGCCCAGCCCAAGGGAGGAGAGCGACUCAGAAGCAGCCGCUCAGUGACUCGAAAAAACUUUGCACCAAAACUUUUUUGUUGCGGCUACUUUGCUUUGCAAACCCCUUUGGUCAGUUGUGUGACAGCUGCUCUUCUCACUGGUCUCUCUACUUUAAUCAGAGUUAGCCAAAGAAAAAGAAAAGAAAGAAAAACCAACCCCAACAAACAACCCCCCCCCCAUCAUCCCAUGAGUUAGGAGCGGGGAAACAAGGAAUAAAGUUAUUCUGGAAAAAAAACACAUUUGGCCGUUGAGAAGAGAGGGAGGCAAACAAAACCCUGUAGCAAAGCGGGGACGCAGUGAAUGGAAAGCGCAGUUUCACUGGAAUCAACAAGUGAGAACUUCGGGACGCCUCGUUCUUUCCCCACUCCACUCCCCGCCCUUACCCAGCCUGAAGGCUUUGAAACGUGUUGCUGGAAAGAAAUUGCCCCUAUUGACAGCUCUCCCUUCUUGCACGUUUCUAAAGGAUAUCCUCAUAAGUCACAUCUGCACCAGCCAUGAUCCCAAAGCACUGCCCCGCCCUGGCUGUUGGGCUGCUUCAUGGACUGCUUUGGCUCCAAGGUCUUGCUCUGGAAGAAGUGCUACUGAAACCAAAGUUGAACAUUACAGAAGAUCAAAUUGUAAUCAAUGCAGGAGAUUUCUUUGCCAUAACGUGCAGGGGAGCAGCCGCCUUGACCUGGCUAUGGGGAAAUGAGCCACACAACGACAUUCCCCGCAGGUGGACCGUAUCUGAGCACAAGUGUUCAGACAAUUUACUUCGCCUGUGUUUAUAA